UAUAAGUAGUAGUUGUUCAUUUAUAAAGAAGUUCAAAUAAUGAGAAAGAACAAAGUUCAGCAGUUUGAAUAAUUUCAAUAAUUUUAUGACACCAGUUGUUUACUAAGCAAUUGUCAUAUUAGUAUGAAUACCUUUGUACUUGUGCCCUAUUUAAUUUGUCGAGAGCAAUGCAAAACAACAAAAACGAAAGACAUACCCGUACAUGUGAUAAAAUAGGAUCACGUUUCCAGACCAGGGCGUCAAUGCUUCUACGUUGUAAAGCACUAAAAAGGUAGCCGGGAAAGAUAGUGGUGUAAGCUUAUAACUACCUUAUGUGAUAAGCAGAUUUGGCAAGCAUCAUAAAUACAGAUGAUCCAUCAAAGAAACAAACUGACGAAUUAGUCGAGCGAAUUAGCAUUAUUAUUUACAGGAUAAGCCAAAACGGACCAGGAGUUAAAAACAUUUUUCUCGACAACUCUCACAGGAACUGCAACAUUUGCAAUGGAGGAUCAAAACUUGUCAUUGAGUAAAAAUAGUGCAGAAGAAGAACAAACUGACCAUCACGUGACCGAGACUAAUAAAUCAAAAAAUGAUGAGUACAGUGACACAGGCUGUGGCAUAGGGUCAUGGCAACCUAAAUGUUUACAAAAAUUUGCUGACAUUAGAAUUUUUGUUAUUUCCUUGUGUUUAUUUGGAGUUUGCUACGGACUAUUUGGUACGUAUUUGUACGCAAAUCUCAGCACGAUCGAAAAAAGAUUCUCCUUUUCCAGUUCAACAUCGGGCAUCUUGCUUACUAUUGACAAUGUCGCUCUUCUUCCUAGCUGUAUUCUUGUCAGUCACUUCGGAAGGCACGCCCAUAAACCUCGAAUUUUUUUCGUGGCGUCCAUGUUGAUGGUUAUCUCCAUGGUAUUCUGGACAAUGCCUUACUUAAUACAACGUAAUCGCAGCUUCCCAUUGAAAGAUGACCUUCAGGUCGAGGUCCAGCCCACUGGGGAAUUCAAUGCAAUAGUCGGGUCACAUUCAAAUAGGACAUACCAGUUUAUUGCAACGAACACUCCUGAAGAAGAAUUGUGUAUGCCUAAUAGAAACCGUGUUGCGAACUUUACUGAUGGUGCGAGUGCAAACUGUGGUAACGAACAGAAAGAUGCACAACGGGCCAAUACAGUAGCUUUUGGAUUUUUUGUUGUUGCCCAACUGUUCUUUGGUAUGGGGGUUGCCCCGUUCUGGACCCUUGGCAUGACUUACAUUGAUGACAACGCCAGCAGGAAAGAUUUAUCAUUUUUCUUGGGGUUGUUUUUCGCAUUAAGAUCCCUGUCCCCCGUCCUUGGUUAUUUCAUUGGAGCAUGGGCUACUUCUUAUCCAGAGGACUUACAGCCGACAGAUAUGACACCUCAAGAUCCUCGCUGGAUAGGCGCCUGGUGGCUUGGUUUCCCAGUCAUAGCAGUCUUAACAACACUGAAUGGCAUACCCAUGUUGUUCUUCCCUAAAACAUUCAAGACACCUAGCGAUAGGAAAAAGGCUAACAAAGAGAAAAAUCACCUCGACGAUAAGAAACCAGUUACUAAACAAGCUGUGUUCGAAUUGAAGGAUCUACCCAAAGCGAUUGGAAGGUUGUUGACCAAUUCAGUAUAUAUUGCUUUGGUCAUCUCAGUAUGUCUGGACGUCUUUGUCAUUGUUGGCUGGGUCGCAUUCGUACCGAAAUUUUUAGAGGCUCACUUCAGAGUGUCCACAUCUAUGGCUAGCAUUAUUGCAGGAACUAUGGGCGCAUUCGCUGUCUCGCUUGGUACCUUUGCAAGUGGUUGGUUGGCGUCUAGGCUAAAGACGUCCACUCAGCGAAUCUCAGCGUUCAUCUGCAUUACUUCACUCGCCGUAACAGUUUGCUUUGGAAGCCUUCUCGCUUUUAGAUGUCCACAGACUUCCGUAGUGGGAGUAAAUCAAAGUGGUAAUAGCAGCUGUAUUGGCGACUGUGCCUGUGAAGGUGUGAACUAUGAACCCGUCUGUGGUGAAGAUGGUCUAAAUUACUAUUCCACGUGCCAUGCGGGCUGCACGUCCUUUGUCAAUGAGACGUUUAGUGGUUGUGGCUGCUCGGGAGGUGGCAAUGUUAGUCCCGGUCUAUGUCCCGGCUAUUGUAGUUUAAUGAUACCCUAUGCUGUCAUCUCGUUUGUAUUGACAUUUGUCUCGAUGCUUCCUAGAGUCCCUCUGGUUAGAAUCAAUUUAAGAUGCGUGAACAAGGACGAUAGGGCGUUGGCGUUUGGCCUAAGUACCUGUAUCAUCUCGCUAUUCAGUCUACCAUCCCCUGUGGUGUACGGCAAUUUAUUGGACGGCGUCUGUUUGGUACAAAAGAAUAGCUGCCAGAGUGGUAAAAAGGGAGCCUGUUGGCUAUACGCAACUGACCCCAUGAGAGACAAUCUUCACUUGCUAACCCUGGGACUCAAGUUCCUGACGUGUUUUUGCUACGCGUUCAUCUGGUACAAAACAAGGACAGUGACGAUUUUGUAUGAUGAUGAUGUUGAGAUAGACGAUGAAAAUGAAGAGGAAAAAGCGCAUGAGAUGGAAACUAAAGUACCAUUGAUGUAAGACAUAACACUGUCAGCCAUUCAUGAUACAUUUGAGUUUGUCAAAUUCGGGGACAUUGUGUGACUAAAUAUGGCGGUUGAGUACCGUCAGGUACUCAUAAAAUGUUUUAUAACGACUUAAGGUCAGACUUGUUCAGAAAAAUUGUAUAUCAAUUGCCUGGAUUUCUACAUAUGGACAGAGAUUUGAAAUUUUUUAACUUAAUGAGCAAUAUUAGUAUUUACCUAUAUGUUGCAAAGGCCUGUGGCCAAAUGCUGAAACUUCGUGAAAAUUUUCCAUAUAAAUGAUUUACAUGUAUUUAUAGUGUCCUAUAGGUCGUUGUCGGCCUGGGGUGUUUUAAUUGUAUUUUAUAUGUUUUAUAACUCAUGACACUUUAAUAACAUAAAUAA